CAAGUCUUCUCUACUAGGAGAAAGAGAAAGUAGAAUGAUGGUUGUCAGGGGCUUGGGGAUGGGGAAAAUGAAGGAUGUUGGUCAAAGGGUACAAAUUUUCAGUUAUAAGAUGAAUGAAGUUCUGGGGAUCUAAUGUACAGCAUGGCGACUAUAGUUAACAGUACUGUAUUGCGUACUUGAAGGUACCAUGAGAGUGGAGCUUUGAUCUUUUCACCAUAACAACAACAACAAAAUGGUAAUUUUGUGAGGUAAAGGAUGUGUUACCUAAACUUAUUGUGGUAAACAUGUCACAAUAUAUACCUGUGUCAAAUCAUCAUGUUGUACACCUUAAACUUAUACAAUGCUAUAUGUCAAUUAUAUCUCAAUAAAGCUGGAAAAAAAUCGUUAGCAGGUUGAAGUUUGGUGUGUGAGCACAUUCUGCCUCUGCUAACCUCACAGGAACAGGCCAAAGACUAAAAAGUAGGGACUCCCCUGAGGGGAAACAGUACCCAGGUGUUCAGCUGAUUCAACCCCAUUCUCCUUUCUAAUCUCUACACUCCCUUCCAAGGCUAUGAGCAUACAUGGACACUAGGGUGACAGAACCCUUUCUUCAUACCAGCUCUCAUGUGGCUAUGCCAACUUCUGUUCCACAUCAGAUCAAGAAAAGGCUUGAAGUUUGCAAAGGGAAAAUUUUAUUUUUGAUACUAAGGUAAACAAAAAGAGUACUCUGCUAAAUGUACGCUUUUAUAUUGAUCUUGACACUAUCAAAGUUAUUAAACAAGGAUGACACUAGACUGAGGUGGCUCUCAUACCUUGGUAGCCUACAUAGGAAAGGAAACCAAAACUUAACCCAGAAUCAUUUGUAAAUGCACUCAUGUCUGAGAAAAUGAAAUUUAAGAACAACCAAUCACAGCCAGCCAACUACGCUUUCCCAAAUAAGGCAGCCCCUGAAGCUACAGCCAGACAACUAACGUCCUUGCGUGCUUCCAUGUCCGCUCUAUAAAAGCCUUGCCCCUAGUUUCUUUCAGUAGAUGCACCCAACCACUUUCAGCUAGGUGCUGCCUGAUUUGAAUUGAUGUUUGCUCAAACGAACUCUUGAAAAUUUUAACGUGCCUCAGUUUAGCUUUUAACACUAUUAAAGGAAGGUAUUUUACUGUCAUUCUCAGAGAGUUAGCACAACUUUCAUAACUGGUGGGAUUCUCAGUUCUUCUGUUGUCCAGAAUCCAGUUCCUAAUAUGAUUACCAGGUGGGUCCCAGGCCCUCCUCUUAAGUACUAGCAUGCAGAACUUUCAUUCUACAGCUGCUUUCUACUUUGUUCCCUCUUCCUUGCAGGAGGCAAUUGCUUCUCUAGCCGAGCCCCAAAGAUUCCCUCUCCUGGAUGUAAAUCUAGGAUGUAUCUUAUAGCCCCUCCUUCAUGUUGCCUGAAUAUUUUCUAAGCUCUGAGGUCCUGAUUUCCUGGUUCCAUCUCUUAAUAUCUGUGUGACCUGGAACAAGUCACUUAAUCUAUGCCUUAGUGUCCUUAGGUGUCAAGUGGCAUUAAUAAUGGUACUAACUCACAAGGUUCUUCUGAAGAUUAAGUGAACUAAUAUCUGCAAAUUUUUUUUAGAACAAUGCCUGUAUUAAUAACACAUAGUAAAUACUCCAUUGUGUUAUAUGUAAUUGUUAUUCCUCCAUUGUGUUACAUAUCUCCUCCAAAGAGAGUCAUGAUCCAGCUCAUAGACAAACUCUCAAGUUAGGGCAGCCCAGAUUUUCUUACUAUUUUGGUUUUCUUUCUAUGUUCUUCAGGGACCAACUAGUGUCAUUUUUACCUAGUGCUUAUCAAUAUGUGCUUCUCUAAGAACAAGAACAUACUCUUUUCUAUCCCCAAUACAACACAAUUUAUUUCUGACUGCCUUUGCCUUAGCUCAUUUCCAGAUUACAGAAGAAAGCAACGGCCACAGCUCAGUGAUGAAUUACAUGCACUACAUACGCUGCAUUCUACGAACAUAAACCCACUAAAAGAAAGGCUGGGUUCUUGCUGCUGCCUUCUGAAGUCUUUCUAUUCUCCCUCCUGAAGAACAGUGGGUAAGACUGACUCCAUGGAGCAGAGGAACCAGAGUGGGAGAGUAAGUGAGUUCGUGUUGCUGGGCUUCCCAGCUCCUGUGCCACUGCGAACGCUAUUGUUUGCCCUUUCUCUUCUGGCCUAUGUGUUGGUGCUGACUGAGAACACACUCGUCAUUAUGGCAGUUAGAAACCAUCCCACCCUUCACAAACCCAUGUACUUCUUUCUGGCUAAUAUGUCUUUCCUGGAGAUCUGGUAUGUAACUGUCACUAUUCCCAAGAUGCUAGCUGGUUUUACUGGGUCCAAACAGGGCCAUGGACAGCUAAUCUCCUUUGAGGGCUGCAUGACACAGCUCUACUUUUUCCUGGGCCUGGGCUGCACUGAGUGUGUCCUUCUUGCCGUUAUGGCAUAUGAUCGCUAUGUAGCCAUCUGCCAUCCUCUCCACUACCCUGUUAUUGUCAGUGGCCGGCUAUGUGUUCAGCUGGCAACUGGCUCCUGGGCUGGAGGUUUUGGCAUCUCCAUGGUCAAAGUUUUUCUCAUUUCUCGCCUCUCUUACUGUGGCCCCAACAUCAUCAACCACUUUUUCUGUGAUGUCUCUCCAUUGCUCAACCUUUCGUGCACUGACAUGUCCACAGCAGAGCUUACAGACUUUGUUCUGGCCAUUUUUAUCCUACUGGGGCCACUGUCUGUCACUGGUGCCUCCUACAUGGCCAUCACUCAUGCUGUGAUGCACAUUCCCUCAGCUGCUGGGCGCCAUAAAGCCUUUUCCACCUGUGCCUCUCACCUCACUGUUGUGGUCAUCUUCUAUGCAGCUAGUAUCUUCAUCUAUGCCCGGCCAAAGGCACUCUCUGCUUUUGACACCAACAAGCUGGUCUCUGUACUUUAUGCUGUCAUUGUACCAUUACUCAACCCCAUCAUUUACUGCUUGCGCAACCAAGAGGUCAAGAGAGCCCUACGCCGUACUCUGCACCUGUACCAGGGCCAGGAUGCUAAGCCUGGGAAAAUUAGCAGAGAUGGGUAGAAGGGAGGUGUUAAGUCUUAGAAACUGUUCUUAAACUUGGGAUCUAGUUCUUCUAUGAAGUCCAGAGGAGCUCUUAGGGCCUAAAUUAGGGACUAGAGUUUCAAAGUCACCAACAAAGAACUAUUUCAAGAGAAGGAAAAGGGAUGGAUAGCAACCUGGCAGCUAGCAGCUGAAUUUCGCCAGGACAGGGCUAUAAAAUACAGGCUAAAAGUAGGUUCCGUGUUGUCCGCUCUAUUGUAAUUUGCACAGAGUAGGUUCAUGAAUCACGCUUCCUGGUGGAGUGGAAAGGACUGACUUUGAGCAGAAGACAUAACUGCACUUGAAUAUUUAAACAAGCCAACAAAGGUAGAACUAAGGUCUCUCUAAAAGGCUCCUCCUAGGUUUGCUCCUGGGUUUUUGUUCUGAGGCAGAAGGUGUAGAAAAAGGAGGCAGAAGGAGAAAACCAUUCAAGGAAGCACAGGCUUCAUAAUGGAAAAGCAUCGGGAGACCUCUGGAUGAGAUCCCUUCUAGCCACAGGCCAUGAUUAUAGCUCAUGAGGUAACAGCGGGCCAGGAGGCAAUCGUUCUAGUGUGAGUUACAAGGUAAGGAGACAAGAAACUGAGAAUUUUUGUGUUGGCAAAAUAUCAUCUCUUGGGCCACAGAGCCUUCUAGCUUCAUGUCCUGAUUUCCCGAGGUCAGUUCCCACAUUGAACUAAUGGCCAAAUGCAGUUGUGCAUUUAAUCUUCUGCCUCCCUAUUUAGACUGUAAGCUCCAUGGAGGCAGGGAUCACAUUUGCUUUUUCAUCAUUUUAUUACCGUGUCCCAGAAUUGUAUCUAACACCUGGGGGCUAUGAAGAAACAUAAUAAGCGAAUAUAAUUUGGAGCCAUGUUGGCAAGGCCUGUGUGUCACCCCUGUAGAUAGGGUUGACAGGUGCAGAAACUAGACCCCUCCUACUUCCCCUGAGUACCGGGAGAUACAAAUUGGCUCAGACUUGCUGGAAGGAAAUUUGGCAAUAUGUAUUAUAGAUACUAAAAGUAUUGAAAACAUUCUGAUUGAGAAAUAUUUGUAUAGAUAGACAUUUUUGUUUUCAACAAGAAUAUGGAAAUAUGUUAAACUUCCACAAAUAUAAGAUUAAUUAAAUAAAUUAAAGCUUAUACAUUAAAUGGAAUAUUAUGCAGAUCUUAAAAUAACAUGAUGUAAAUAAAGCUAGUGACAGAAAAAUAUUCCUAAUGUAAUAAAUGUCAAGAUUAGGUCAUGUAAUCGUAUCAAAAGUGUAUGUCUUAUGUAUUUGUUUGUUUAAAUAAGACUAGAGGGAAUUUGACUAGAACAUUAGCUGUAACUAUGCAAUGGAGCCCUUAUUCUUCUGAAUUGCAUUCUGUGGCAAAGAUAUUGUUACCAACAUAUUUAUUUAAAUAAACAUUUCUUAGCCAAUAAAAUACACAGCUUUAUUCAUCUGGACAGAGAGAUGAUUAGAGGGUACGUCAGUAGGAUUUUCAGAAAUUUAGCUCCCCAAAGAUACCCAAGACCCAGAAUCCUGAGGACAACAGCCUACAUGAAGCUUCUCUCUCUCCAGGUGUGGGAGCCUUCUGUUGUUGCAACUUGUCUGUCUAUAGUUGUCUGCUGCUAAUAAAGCAUAUGGAAGCCU